CAAAUUUCCGGCCAACCCGAGUUAUCACCACCUCUCCCUUCGCUGUCAACUUGCAUUUCUCCAUUUUCAUCGGCUGCGAAAUCCAAAUUCUCAUUCAUAAACUUGAUCCAAUGGAAGCUAAAUUUUUUCGCUUUCUCAAGACUGUUGGGGUCGGUUUCAAGGCUAAAGCAGAAUCUCAAGGCCGUCUCUUAUACCUCAAGCUUGGUACCAGCCAUGAGGUUGAACUGACCGUUCCACCAGCUGUUCGUGUGUUCUGUUUCAAACCUAAUAUCAUAUGUUGUGCUGGUAUUGACGAGGAGAGGGUGCAGCAGUUUGCUGCUUCUGUAAGAAGUUGUAAGCCUCCUGAAGUUUAUGAAGGCAAAGGUAUAAUGUACAUUGAUGAAGUCAUAAAAAAGAAGCAGGGAAAGAAAUCAAAGUAAUAACUCAGAUGCAGGACAUAAUGUGAGGGUUAAGCGCACGACUUUAGUUUGAGUCCUACCGCAGCAAAAGCCAGGUUUAAGUGGAGAAGGGUAGAAUUGUAGAUGAACAGACCCAUUAUCCAUCGAGUUUAAAACCCUGUGCCAACUGGCUCUCAUGAUCUCUUGGUUAUCACCCGGAAAUAGAAGGAAAAUCACUCGGGUUCAUCUUUCUGGUUUGGGUUUUGUGCAAUCUCUGGUUCUGUAGUUACUAGAGCUAGAUCAUUCUUACAUUGUACUGUCAUAGUAAUUGAAGUCUCUAUACCUCUGUAUAGCUAGACUGUUUUCUUCAAAUCUUUGUCGGCCCCUUUAGUGUUACUGAGAAGUGAUAUAUGGGAUUGCUGAGAAGCAGGAACUAAGAUCCAUCUGCUAUGUGCGGAAAGAUUGUCACUGCGAAGCUAUAGUAAAAAUGUGCUGGACUGUCUGACCGUU